UACAGGUGAAAAAAAUGAGGAUGAAGAGCAAAGAGCCCAUUUCUGAAGAAAUGGACGUUGAAGAGCAAGCCAAUGAUAAGCCGAGUAAGUCUGGUUCUUUAUCUAGUUCCACACCUCAUGCAUCGAACAUGAGAGACAACACAGGUUCUUUAUCUAGAUCCACACCUCAGGCAUCAAACAUGAGCGUGAACACAGACGUGCAUGGAAAGACAGGCAGUUCCCCUGAGUUGAGGAUGGUGCUGGUUGGGAAGAUUGGAGUUGGGAAAAGUGCCUCAGGAAACACCAUCCUGGGCAAAAAGGAGUUUAAAUCACAAGCCAGUAACUCCUCGGUUACAAAAGUAUGUGAGAAGAGAGAAGGAGAGGUUUCUGGGAGACGUGUUGUUGUGGUCGACACUCCAGCCUUUGGCACAGACCUCUCUCUGGAUGAAGUCAUUGAAGAAGAAUGCAUUGCUCUGUCUGCCCCGGGACCCCAUGCUAUUCUCCUGGUGAUUGAGGUGGGCCGAUUCACAGGUGAAGACAAGGGAACAGUUGAGACAAUCCUGAGGAGAUAUGGAGAUGGAGCUGGGAGAUACACGAUGGUCCUUUUCACCAACCGGGACAAACUAGGAGAGAAGAAAAUUAAGGAGUUCAUUCAGGGAGCCAGCAAAGAGCUCCGGGAGCUUGUUGAGAAGUGUGGGUGCCGUUAUCAUGCCUUCAACAACAAGAACAUGAGCGAUCACACCCAGGUCACUGAGCUACUGGAAAAGAUAGACAGGAUGGUGGAAGAGAAUGAAGGAAGCUACUACACCAGUGAGAUGAUCAUACAGGUGAAAAAAAUGAGGAUGAAGAGCAAAGAGCCCAUUUCUGAAGAAAUGGACGUUGAAGAGCAAGCCAAUGAUAAGCCGAGUAAGUCUGGUUCUUUAUCUAGUUCCACACCUCAUGCAUCGAACAUGAGAGACAACACAGGUUCUUUAUCUAGAUCCACACCUCAGGCAUCAAACAUGAGCGUGAACACAGACGUGCAUGGAAAGACAGGCAGUUCCCCUGAGUUGAGGAUGGUGCUGGUUGGGAAGAUUGGAGUUGGGAAAAGUGCCUCAGGAAACACCAUCCUGGGCAAAAAGGAGUUUAAAUCACAAGCCAGUAACUCCUCGGUUACAAAAGUAUGUGAGAAGAGAGAAGGAGAGGUUUCUGGGAGACGUGUUGUUGUGGUCGACACUCCAGCCUUUGGCACAGACCUCUCUCUGGAUGAAGUCAUUGAAGAAGAAUGCAUUGCUCUGUCUGCCCCGGGACCCCAUGCUAUUCUCCUGGUGAUUGAGGUGGGCCGAUUCACAGGUGAAGACAAGGGAACAGUUGAGACAAUCCUGAGGAGAUAUGGAGAUGGAGCUGGGAGAUACACGAUGGUCCUUUUCACCAACCGGGACAAACUAGGAGAGAAGAAAAUUAAGGAGUUCAUUCAGGGAGCCAGCAAAGAGCUCCGGGAGCUUGUUGAGAAGUGUGGGUGCCGUUAUCAUGCCUUCAACAACAAGAACAUGAGCGAUCACACCCAGGUCACUGAGCUACUGGAAAAGAUAGACAGGAUGGUGGAAGAGAAUGAAGGAAGCUACUACACCAGUGAGAUGAUCAUACAGGUGAAAAAAAUGAGGAUGAAGAGCAAAGAGCCCAUUUCUGAAGAAAUGGACGUUGAAGAGCAAGCCAAUGAUAAGCCGAGUAAGUCUGGUUCUUUAUCUAGAUCCACACCUCAGGCUUCAAACAUGAGAGACAACACAGGUUCUUUAUCUGGAGCCACACCUCAGGCAUCAAACACGAGAGACAAUGCAGAGUUGAGGAUUGUGCUGCUUGGGAAGACUGGAGUUGGGAAGAGUGCUGCAGGAAACACCAUCCUUGGAAAAAGGGAGUUUGAUUCGAAACUCAGCUCCACUUCCAUAACUAAUAAGUGUAGGAAGGGCACAGAAGAAGUUGCUGGGAGACACGUAGCUGUGAUUGACACUCCUGGCCUGUUUGGCACAGAGCUCACUGCUGAUCAGAUUAAACAGGAAAUUGAGAACUGUGUCACUCUGUCUGCCCCGGGACCCCACGCUUUGCUGUUGGUGCUACAGGUAGGCCGAUACACCCAGAGAGAGACGGAAGCAGUGAAGAUUAUUUUGGGUGAGAGUGCUGCCAGAUACAUGAUGGUCCUUUUCACCCAUGGAGACAGUCUGGAAAAUGGCAUGACAAUUGAGGAGUACAUUAAGGGAGUCGAAGGGGAUCUCCAGCAGCUUAUUGAUAAAUGUGGGGACAGGUAUCAUGUCUUUAACAAUAAAGACAAGCGCAAUACAGCUCAAGCUAUUGAACUGGUCAUGGAAAUAGAGGCAAUGGUGGAAACUAAUUGUUGGAGUUAUUACACCAUGGAGAUGUACAAUAAGGCAGCUGCAUCCACCAGUCAAAAACUAGAAACAAAAGAGAGGAAGGAAAGUUCACAGAAUAUGAAAAUGGUGGAAUCUAAUUAUGAGAGCUGCUACACUGUCAAUGCAUCCACCUGUCAAAAUGUAGAAAUGGAGAAGGGGAAAGUGAAGGAAGAAGAGCCACUGUAUAAGUUCAAAUGUAGUUUAAUAUAAUCUGUUUAACAUCUCUGAUGUGUUUAUUGAAUGUCCUCUGCAUGUUAUUUUCUGUACUAAUAUGAGCUUGACUUUGUAUUUUUAUUUGAAGCAGUCAAUGAUUAAUAACCAAAGCUUAACAUUGUAUUUAGCUCUAUAAAUCAGUAUGAAUUUCCUUUUAGUACACCUUCUAUUGCCAUGCAUAAAAAAGCUAAAUACAAAAUGAAUUCUGUGUCAGUAAAUUCUGAAAAACAAAUAAAUUGUUAAGAA